AUGAAUGUGCCAGCUUAUUUCUUUUGCAAUGGGGCGCUCGAGCCACUAAUGUUCGACGAGUACAAAAGCUCGUUUUCACGCGCUGACGGGGGCGGCGGUUUUUUGCCUGCUAUGAAACAGCUGGCAAAUGUUGCUGCUCUACCGGGAAUUGUGAAUGCUAGUAUUGGCAUGCCAGAUGUUCAUGCUGGAUACGGUUUUGCGAUUGGGAACAUUGCAGCGUUUGAUAUGUCCGAUCCAGAGGCUGUCGUAUCUCCUGGUGGGGUAGGCUUCGAUAUUAAUUGUGGUGUGCGUCUUGUUCGUACGAAUUUGCACGAGAAUGAUGUCCAGCCAGUCAAGGAGCAAUUAGCGCAGGCUCUAUUCGAUCAUAUUCCUGUUGGAGUGGGCUCCCGUGGUGUUAUUCCAAUGAAACCAAAAGACCUCGACGAAGCGCUUGAAAUGGGUCUCGACUGGUCAUUGAGAGAGGGCUACGCAUGGGCUGAAGAUAAAGAGCACUGCGAGGAGUACGGACGCAUGUUGGGCGCAGAUCCGAACAAAGUAUCGAAGAAGGCUAAGAAAAGAGGCUUGCCACAGCUUGGUACACUUGGCGCGGGAAAUCAUUACGCAGAAAUUCAAGUCGUCGACGAAAUAUUUAACAAAGAGGCUGCAGACAAAAUGGGAAUCGAUCGAGUGGGCCAAGUUGUAAUUAUGAUCCACUCGGGAUCAAGAGGAUUUGGUCAUCAGGUCGCGACAGAUGCCCUUCUCGAAAUGGAAAAGGCUAUGAAGCGUGACGGAAUUCAUGUCAACGAUAAGCAGCUCGCUUGUGCACGCAUCAACUCUACCGAAGGACAGAACUAUCUUGCAGCAAUGGCCUGUGCUGCGAACUUCGCCUUUGUCAAUCGUUCGACAAUGACCUUCCUUGUUCGUCAGGCAUUUGGAAAAAUAUUUAACACAACUGCAGAUGAUCUAGACAUGCAUUUAAUCUAUGACGUGUCUCACAAUAUCGCAAAGGUGGAAGAACACGUGGUUGAUGGGAAAACAAAAACGCUGCUUGUUCACCGCAAGGGAGCCACUCGUGCAUUUCCACCACAUCACCCACUCAUCCCUGUUGACUAUCAGCUCAUUGGGCAGCCGGUUCUUAUCGGCGGAACAAUGGGGACGAAUUCUUAUGUGCUCACUGGAACACAGAAAGGCUUUGACGACUGUUUCGGGACAACAUGCCAUGGAGCUGGAAGAGCUCUGUCAAGGUCAAAAUCGAGACGAAUUUUAGAUCACAAAGAUGUGUUAGCGGGACUCCAGGCAAAGGGGAUCUCCAUCCGAGUUGCAUCUCCCAAACUUGUGAUGGAAGAAGCACCAGAAAGUUAUAAAAAUGUGACGGACGUAGUAGACACUUGCGAUGUGGCGGGAAUCACGAAGAAAGCAAUCAAACUUAGACCUAUUGCUGUCAUUAAAGGAUAG